AAAUAAAUCUCAUCCAUCCAUCCGAACUGUGCGUCGAAGUGUCCGCGAUUGUGUCCCCCACUGGUCCCGACCAUCGGUGAACGGCUUGCCUGCGGAGGCUCCUGACGAAGUGGUCGCGGUGCGCGCUAUGGAGGUAGAUAUGCGGUUCGUGCUGGAUCGAACGAGCGACGCGGAGGAACUGUUGGAGACGGGCUAUCAGAAGGGUUACUCCUGCAACCUGCCGCCCGUGUCGAGGGAGAUGCUGUGGGACUACGUGCUGACCCUCAUGCGCACCGUUUGCGCCAACGAGGCGCAGCAGAAAGCACUGCAAGAGGCUACCACGAGCAAGUGCGACGAUGACGACGACUCGGUCGGGUACGUGCAGGUGCACCGCCAGGAAUGUAUCUGCACGGUCAAGGGGCAGCUGCACACGGUCAGCCCGGGAGAGGACGGCGAAAGCACGGAGGUCAAAAUCUACCAGCUGUCGGUGGAGGUGGACGAGCAGCGGGAGCGCAUCCAAGCGGUCAGCUGCCGGGACUGCGACGGGCUGGGAUGCUGCCAGCACGCGCUGAGCUUUCUGCUGUGGCUUCACAACCGGAACGAGAUAGGCAGCAACCAGGAGCGCGAGUGCUACUUCCGCACCCCGCUCGUGACCGAACUGGAACAGCUGCCCCCGAAACCGGCCCUGAACAAGACGAAGGCGAAAAACUUUAUCCGCGAGAUCGUACACGGCCUGCAGAAAGACGACAUCGACUGUCCGCUGCGGUGGAACUUUUCGGCGGUGAACAAAAAGUUUUCCAAUCUGUCGAUCCACGAGCUGAUCAUGUGCGCGGUCAAGAACCGGUACGAUGCGAACCAGUUUCUCGAGCACGCUCAGGCCGUGGUCUCGUCGUCCGUCACCACACUGCAGGACAAGGUCAAAUUUACGCCACGGUGCAGCGCCUGGUUCCAGGAGCUCCGGUACGGGCGCAUCACCGGCGCCAAGGUGUACGACUGCGUGAACCUGAACGUUGCCCAGCCCCUGCUGUACGAAUCGAUACUCGGGUGCAACAAAGAGGUCAAUGCGGCCGUGCAACGCAAGAAGAUCCUAAUCCGGCAGCGGCUCGAGGAGUACACGAAAACGACCUACGAGAACCCGCGCAUCAAGAUGAACGCCAACUACCCGAUCAUCUUCGACAUCCCGGACGGCAUCUCGCAGUCGCACGUGGUCGAGAUCAAGUGCCCACGGUCGGAGGAACACUCGAAGAAGUACCUCACCGAAGACGGCAGCAUCAACGAGAAGUACUACAUGGAGAUGCAGAUCCACAUGCUGAUGUACGGCAAGACGGCCGGCGUGAUCUGCGUGGCGCACGAGAACUUUGACACCAACAGCGAUCUGUACAUGCACUCGUUCAACCUCAACAAGCCGUUCGCCGUCAAGAACCUGCAGAAGGCGAUGGACUACUGGAAGAACAGCGUCUACCCGGAGCUCUUCAGCAGCUGGUCCGAGUGAGGGCCGACCUUUUCGGAGUCAUCGAACGCACGGGAGCGCCACAGUGUAACGAGGGACCGCAGGAGCGCAGGAGAAUAUCUUAGAAUUAUCCUUAAUUUUUAUCUUCUUUCUUUGACAAAAACACACAUAAGACACACAUACACGCACACAUACGAACACAGGCAUCCCGAUUGAGUUGUAGCAUUUUAAGGACAAUAAAUGUAAGACUUUCA